UCCAUUACUUCCACAUACUUGUUAAUUUCUUUCAUUCAACUAUUAACUUAAGUCAUCAUCAUGGGUGUCUUCACUUAUGAAUCUGAGUUCACCUCUGUCAUUCCACCAGCUAGGUUGUUCAAGGCCUUUGUCCUUGACGCCGACAACCUCAUCCCCAAGAUUGCUCCCCAAGCAGUUAAGAGUGCUGAGAUUCUUGAAGGUGAUGGAGGUGUUGGAACCAUCAAGAAGAUCAACCUCGGUGAAGGAAGUGAAUACAGCUAUGUGAAGCACCAGAUUGACGGAAUUGACAAAGACAACUUCGUGUACAAGUACAGCAUGAUUGAAGGAGAUGCUAUCUCAGACAAAAUUGAGAAGAUCUCCUAUGAGACUAAGUUGGUGGCAUCUUCCGAUGGAGGCUCCAUCAUCAAGAGCACCAGCAACUACCACACCAAGGGUGACGUGGAGAUCAAGGAAGAGCAUGUUAAGGCUGGCAAAGAAAGGGCCGCCGGUUUGUUCAAGAUUAUUGAGAGCCACCUUCUAGCGAACCCUGAUGUUUACAACUAAAACUCUCUAGCUAUUUUGGUACUAGCUACAUUAAUUCUAGAGACAACAAUGAUGUUUCCUCAUUUCUAUUUUUGGGUGGCUUUCUUUUGUAUUUUUCUUUUGGCGUCAAGGCUAUCAUUUUGAUCGUGUACUUCUGAUGAAAGAGUAAUAUAACUGUACUUGAUAUCAA